AUUUUUACGAUAAAUUAUAACUGAUAGAUUGAUAAACUUUUAUUUCUUGCGGCAAACAAGAAAAUGCAAAAGAAAGAAGUUUACGCAUGCGUCAACUUUUGUAAACUUCCUGUAACUUCCUGUGGAGAUACUCCCUGCACAACAGUGUCAGAAUAUCUUGUGAAAAUGUCAUAAUUAUAUUCAACAGAUUAAUGCCUGUCAAUUUAUCGGACGGAGAUAAUUUAAUGUGACAGUUUUUUAUUUAGAAGAAAUUAUACGAUAUAUCAAAUUUACUUCUACAAAUGAUUUAAUCUUUAAAACAGACGACAAGUUCCGUCCUACAGAUAGGGGUGGUUUCAGCCAAUCCUUUAUUGUACCGUAUGAAAAUUCUAACGAUAACGCUUCUGCACAAACACAAAGUAUGUUAAUGACAUGAACUUAGUCGUGUCGGAUUUUUGUGGAUAUGGCGGUAGCAGACCCCAGUUAUAAUCACGUGAACACAAGUUCAGAUGAAGAGGAUGAUGCAGGAGAAAAGAUCACUAACAGUCCAGAUAAUGCAAAGUCUAUGGGCAGCCCUAGUUCCCAUAAACAGAACGGAACAGCUGUAAAUCAUAUAGAUAGAUAUGGUUUUAUGGGUGGUUCCCAGUACACUAAUCCAGAUGAUGAGCAUAGAGUUCCAAUUGAAAAACUGAGACAAAGAGAGCUAAAAUGGCUGGAGAUGUUUGAUGACUGGGAAAAAUGGAUGAGCAAAAGAUUUAAGAAGAUUAGAGAUCGAUGUCGAAAGGGUAUCCCACCAUCAUUGCGAUCAAGAGCAUGGCAGUAUUUAUGUGGCAGUAAAUUCCUAAUGGAACACAAUCCUGGAAGAUUCGAUGAAUAUUUAAGUCAGCCCGGAAAUCCUAAAUGGGAGGAUGACAUCACAAAAGAUUUACACAGACAAUUUCCACAGCAUGAAAUGUUCAAUUCCAAAGGAGGAUUUGGACAAGAAGACUUGUAUAGGAUUCUAAAGGCUUACACCAUACACAACCCCCGGGAGGGCUACUGCCAGGCCCAGGCCCCUAUAGCUGCUGUCUUACUGAUGCACAUGCCAGCUGAGCAGGCCUUCUGGUGCCUGGUCUCCAUCUGUGAGAAAUAUCUGCAAGGCUACUACAGUCCUGGACUGGAAGCUGUUCAAGUAGAUGGAGACGUUUUGUUUGGAUUGCUGAAAAAGACACAACCAGCUGUUUACAAACAUAUAAAGAAACAACAGAUAGCUCCUAUACUUUACAUGACGGAGUGGUUUAUGUGUUUGUUUACCAGGACGCUGCCUUGGUCCACUGUGUUAAGGGUCUGGGAUAUGUUCUUCUGUGAAGGUAUAAAGGUGAUAUUUCGUGUUGCUCUGGUGCUAUUUAAAAUGGUAUUUGGAGAUGGAGGGAAUUUCAAAGAUUGUCCAACUUUGUAUGAAACACUAGAAAAAUUAAGACACAUUCCAGUUCAGCACCUAGAUGAAGAAUUAAUGGUACAAGAAACCUUGCGACUAAACAUCAAUGAGAGAGACAUGGAAAAAGAACACCAGAAACAAAUUCAUCGGCGGAAAAAAGAAAAGACGAAGAAAGGGGGGAAGCAGAAGUCAUGACAGAAAUCAAGAUGGCGGUAGUGGUGUAUUACUUAGACAUUGUCAAAUUGUAUUCAUGAGAAACUUCUUUUAUACUAGUCAUUCAUAUUUAAUUUUUUUAUGUAUAUGUAUAUCAACACAAUGGGAGAGUGUUUUGAAUUUGUAUUCGGACAGUCGCUGGAGUUUGUUUUUUGGAAAACUGGAUCAGGAUUUGAUGACAAAGCGCUUUUAGUCUAAACUAAAUGUAAAGCUGAAUGGCAGAAAUAAGCUGAAUGGAGAAAUAUUGGCAGUCUGUCCCAGCAUUUAUUUACGCUCAAAUUUUUUUUUAUGCUUCUGACAAAUAUGCCUUUUGUUUAAACCCUAUAUAAAAUCCUUGCGGCACAAGUCUGUGACUGAUUUGUUAAUAUUGUUUCAGAUUAUCUUGAGAGAUAUCUCUCUGAAAAAAAUUUUUUUUCUAUCACAUAUGGAACUGCCAUUUUUUGUGUGUGAAUACUGGCUUUCCAAAUGUAUAUGGUUUAGAAUUUUAAUUUAAAUGAUGAUUGUCUGUAUACUUCAAGUCGUAUAUUGUGAUGUAAAUAUAUGUGUAAUAUAUUAUAACAGAUGUUCAUUUUGUAAUUAUUAAUUAAUUACAACUAAUUGAACACACUUGUGAUAAUGCUAGUUCAGGACACGUGGUUAUGUGGGAAGGUGGACCAAUUUAUUUCAGAUUGCUCAUUUGCAUAUUGUACAAAGAACUUGUGUGUACCUGCUUAUUGUUUUUAACCUGAAAAAGUUGAAACAAAUCAAAUUUGAACAAAGGAAUUUUUUUUUCAAUCAAUCAUCCAUUGAAACAUUCCUUACUAUUUUUCACCAUGUUUUUAUUCACCACAUACUGUUUUUAUUUCCAGAUGCUUUUAGGGCCAUAUUAUAAUUUGGGUUUUUCAUCUUCUUAUCUGUUAGCUUAUUUAUGCCAUGGUCUUAUCUUUUUCUGACACAUAGGCUAAGACUUACUAAUUUACAUGUAGUCAGUGGAUGCAUCCACUGAAUGUUUUUUUUUUGGGGGGGGGUGUCACAAUUUUCGGCUAUAUUACAGCAACUUUUAUCUAAAAAUAAUGGGGUCAACCACGUGUGAUAUCAAGAAUGCAGAAAAAAAAUAUUUUUCCUCAAAUGGCUUAUGAUCGUGUACCCUAGCAGUGUACUUUAUUGAAUAGUAUGUCAUACUCAUUUGAUAAACUCAAUUCAGGAAAAGCAAAGUCCUUGUGCUCAUAGAUUUUUUCUUUGAUAUUUUUUUAACAGACAUAUACUGGCAUAGGUCAGGUAAAAUGUACAAUUGUGAAUAUGUUGCAAAGAAAAAAAACAUGAAGAGGAUGGUUAAUAUACUUUAAGAGUAUUGUUAAAAUACACACAAACACUAAAUAUGAAUGAUUUUAGUUUUUAAAUGAAAAUAGUAUGUGCCAUGAUCACAAGGUUGUAUAGUAUGUAUAAUGUAUACUUGUAUUAAGUGCUGUAAAAUAAAGAAAAAAUCUGUUCUUUUUCCCCCAGCAAUAAAUUAUAAUGCUGUUGGAAAUUUCUCAAAAUGUGUACUGUUGUGAUUUUUUGACAGAAAAUACUUUUAAUUUAUCAAACAGCAAGAAUUUUUGGUUUGUCUUUGGUAUCAACUACUUAAUAAUUCAUAUUAAUCAAACAUGCUUCUAUUUAUUUUGGUGCUUGUUAAAAUUUAUGCAUGAAUUGAUUACAAUUUGUACAUUAUUUUCCCCAAAUGUACAUGUAAUUUUUGCAGGCAUGUUAAUGAAAUCGUGUAUUUAAAAAGUUUUAGUUGUAUAUUUAAUAUAGAUGAAUUAGUUUUUCCCAGUAUCAUUUUGUCUCACUGUUAACUGUUGCCAUUUUUUUUACUUUCCUUUCCUCCACUUUUUUUUGUCAUUGAAACUGGUUCAAAAUAUUUUAAGAAUCUCUGAGAAAUAUUUUGCUUAACCCCAGCCUGCCCUGACAAGAGGGGUAAUAAAUAUCAUUAACAUUGAAGAUAUGUUCAGCAUAUUGGCAUAAAUCAUUAAGAAAAUAUUGAAUUAUUUUUCAUCAGAAUUGAGGGGAGUUUUGUUUUUUUAAAAAAAAAUAUUGUCUGACCAGUAAUUUAUAAUGAAAAUUAUUUCAAUGUCAGUGAUUUUUUAAAAUCACAAUGCGCAAAGUUCUUUUCUUGUCUUAUGUCUUAAUACUGGUAUUUAAAAAAUAAUUUUUCAAGAAUGCAUUGGAUUCAGUUCAAUAACAGAUAACAUUUUUGAAGCAUCCUUAUGUUGAAAGUUGUGAUAAAAUAGUGUUAAAAGGUAAAUGCCAGAAAACUGGAAUUAACAAGUCUUAAAAUUGGAAAAUGUGUCAGUCUUACAGACACAAUCACUGAAUGUAAAAUGAAUAGGUAUGCACCUAUAUUUAUGAAGACAAGAGCAAGUAAAUUAUUCUUACUAUCAA